AGCGUGCGUCCACGGUGGGAGCGCAAGAAGCAAGAAUACCAGUCGACCGAAAACCGGCGACCACUUGAUGCAAAUGUUGGAGAUCGUUUUAUUCCCAAUCGUGCAAGCAUGAACAUAGAGCUUUCAAAAUACCAAAUGCGGUCUUCUUCUGAUAUCAGUAUGACAGACGCAAGCGUAAGCGGUAUUGCUGAGGAUCAGAAAUCUGUGUCUGACGCUAAGAAAGACCAAUACACGUCAAAUCUCAGUUCCGCCUUGCUAGGUGUGGACGACCCGAGCUCGAGUCGUAUAAUAAGCUACAAAGAAAAAGCUCCCGCUCCAAAGGGCGACACGGUGAACAACUUAAAUAUCUUGUACUCCGCUUCAGCAACUGGGCCAAAGAAAAAGUCCUGCACAAGGCUGGUGGCACGACAGAUCCCGUCUGCUCCGAGUCGUAUUCUUGAUGCCCCAGAUCUGAUGGACGAUUACUAUCUUAAUCUUCUGGCUUGGAGCGACACCAAUGUUCUUGCUGUCGCCCUUGGACAGACCGUGUACCUUUGGAAUGCGGGUACUGGCGACAUUCAAGAGCUUUGUACUUUCGAUGCCACUCCAACUGCGCACAUCUCCUCUGUAUCUUGGGUACAGGCGGGUGGCGCGCACUUGGCGGUGGGUGUGUCAUCGGGGGCAACACAACUCUGGGAUGUAGAGUCGGGGACCCAGCUUCGAUCUAUGGAUGGACAUACGGAUAGAGUUGGGUCUUUAGCGUGGAAUCGUCACAUUUUGACCAGUGGAAGCAGAGACACCACUAUUGUCAAUCAUGAUGUUCGUGUGGCACGCCACAGCCUUGCAACUCUGAAAGCGCAUGAGCAAGAGGUUUGUGGUCUAGCCUGGAGUCCCGACGGCGAAACUUUGUCCAGCGGUGGUAACGACAACUUACUUUGCCUUUGGGAUGCUUCCACCUCCUCGGCAUCUGCCCCACGAGUCCAUAUUACGGAUCACCAAGCUGCCGUCAAGGCACUGGCAUGGUCUCCCCACGAGCGAAAUUUGCUUGCAACUGGGGGCGGUACAGCUGACCGCACGAUCAAGUUUUGGAACACGCGUAGUGGGGUCUUGCUCAAUUCAAUUGAUACGGGCUCGCAGGUUUGCGCUUUGCAGUGGAACCCUUUCGAAAAGGAGAUUUUGUCGUCUCAUGGUUAUGCUCGAAAUCAGCUUAGCCUUUGGAAAUAUCCGUCAAUGACCAAGAUCAAAGAAUUCGAAGGCCACACGUCUCGUGUUUUACACAUGGCAGUCAGCCCGGAUGGUGGAACGGUUUUGUCGGCUGCAGCCGACGAAACGCUUCGAUUUUGGGACAUCUUU